AGGAAAAACAUCUGCCACACGUACAAGAGAAAUGAAAGAAAUUGGAAAAAGAAAAAGCUUUUAUAUGAAAUUCAGCAGCUGGUAACUAAAAUGAACUUCUGGAUGUAAUAUAUAGUUGGGAUUAUGCAUAAUUUACUUACUUUAAGAUUUAAAAGAGACGUUUGGCAAGCUUCAUUAGCUUGUUAGAUGAUUUUAAAGACAAAUUUAGAAUUUUGAAAGAAAUUUAGGUACAAACUUUGUAGAUCGUCCAGUUUUACUGAAUAUCUUUCAAUAUGACUAUCCAAAAGAAAUUUUAGUCAUUUUAUCUUAAAAAAUAAAUAAAAUUUAACACUGAAAAAUGAAUGGUGGAGUGAUCCCAGUACGUCUUGCAAAAGAAUUAGGUUAACUUUCUAAGAAAUCAGCUAUGUAUCCUAUUAUUCUUUGCCAACGCAACAUCGGACCUGUAAAUACGUUAAAGGGCACUGAAAAAGUCCAUCAUUUAGAAGACGAGCCAUCAAAAAGAAACUAUAGAACUGCCUCUAAUUUGAAAAAUUCAGACGAAAGAAAAUCUGGAUAUUACUUUUCUGACAAUCCAAGGAAAUCUGUUGCCGCUGAAGACGACAUUCAGCUUGACGAACAUGACUGGGACUCAUUUGUAACUCAAGUAGAAGCACCUGAAGUAAAAGACACAGUUCGUGAAAAGACAAAUAAGUAUAAACAAGAUUCAACAUCCGGCCGCUCCCUUUCAGUAGCAAAAAAUAAUAAAAGAUCAAGGAAAUCAAAUGCAAAAUCAAACUCGAAGGAGGAGCAAGUAAAAUUGUCUCCAAAUGAAUCUGAGUUAAAAGUCUUCAACAUUUCCGAAACGGAAAUCAGAAAUCUUUCAAAACAAGCCGCAGAGCAUUCUUUUAUUUCCAUUCCCCCUCCAGAAGAAAAGAGAAAAUACAAAAAUACUCAUACUGAUACGUUUAGAAGAAAAGUUGAUGAUAUUCUUUCUAGAAAUGGAGAGCCACGUAGUAGAUUGGUAAAAUUUGGUAGACGUCAGUUCCGAAAUGUGCCAAAGAGAAUUGUAAAACAUCGUUCAUUAGUAUCAAAACCACAGGUUUUGAAUCAUGGCAUUUUAAGAGGCAAUAGUGUUGGUCAGCAUACCUCAUCUUAUCAAAGCGGAACACCAAAAGACGAAAAUGGAAAACUCACUACUUCAGACCAAACUAUAAAGGAAGUGCCUUCACAUGACACAGCUAAUUACAACGCUCACCAGUUCUUUCCAGAUUUAAGUGGUGGUACCAACGCUGGAGUCAGUGUCGAGCAGUCUGUGAACGGGAAAGAGCAAAAUGUUGAAUCUCUCAAAGAAGCAGGCGAUACACAGAAAGUAACAAUUGUAAAGGAGAAAUCUGUUCAUUCUACAUCAACGGAAGAAGAGCAAGAACGGGUGAAUAUAGAAAGCAAUCCCUCUAACGAAAGGUUUGAUUCUGAAAAGCUGAUACCUGAUGAUCAUCAUAUUCCAAUUGAUGUAACCGAAAAUCAUCAGAUACGAAAGCAAGACGAAACUGUUGUUCUCGUGGAAGGGGCCCAUAUUCCUGGGAAGAACUAUGGCCCUGAAGAUGAUACCUUUGGUUAUUACAGUGAGUCAUACAAACCCGACCAGCCUUCAAGACUACCAAUUAGGAGAAAAGUAAAAAUUGUCAAAGUAGUUAAACCAAGAGUAAGAAAUCAGAUUCCUCAAAAUGCGAUUUUAAACAAUCAUGGUAAUGGGCUUUCUAGUCAAUAUAUCAUAAGGAACCAUAAUGAUAAUCUGAAAAAUGGCAAUUUUAGAUUUAAUAAUAACCACCAGCCUCUUGUACAGCCUGGUAGAGAGACAUUAUAUAUUAAUCAUAAUAUUAAUGGGAGAGGACAAAAUAUUGCAUCCGACAGGGCUUCAAACCACGUAGUUUUGCUGCAGGAUAAUCGACAGCACCAGAUUUUGAACGAUGAUAUUAAACCUCCAGUGUUUCACCAGAAUCAGAAUCAAGAAUUUAAUACUGCUCCACAACAAGUUCCUGUGAAUUUAGAAAAUAAAUUGCAUGGGCAUUUAUUAGAAGAUGGGCAACAGGCAUUUCAUAGUCAAAGUAGAAAUCGUAAUCAAGUAUACAUCCAGCUGAUCAAUACUCCAGAAGACGAGAAGCGUGUUGCUAAUUCCAAUCUAAACCAGAAGGAAGAAUUUAAAGGUCCCAAAACUGUUUUCUUUCCAAAUGCUAAUAGAAAGGAAAAUCCUCUCAUAGUAGAUAACGUACAACUAAUUCAAGUUAUACAUCCACAAAGUGAACAGUACUUGCAUAACCACGGACAUGAAAAUCUCCCUCAUAACAGAAACGUGCCUAAUCAGAGAACAGUGAUACACAAUCAGUUUAUUUCACAACAACCCGAGAAAGCUUUUAAUAAUGGUAAUGAAAAUAUAGGGUAUAUCGAAAUACCUGUUACACAUCUUCAGCAACUCCAUAUUUCUCCAGAAGUUGGUGGAGAAAGAGCUCAUACUCAUCCUAAUAACGAAGGCCACAUUUCUGUUCAAACUGCUGCAAACAACCAAGGUACAGGGGAACAAGCUUAUAUUCUUCUCUGUGAUCAAAAUACAUAUAGCCAUGGUACUAAUGCAGGGCAGUUUGGAGAAAAGGGGAAUAUUGAGCAUUCUGCUCCCAAUGUAAAUAAUUUUGGUACAUCAGGUAUUGUGCAAAAUGUAGAUCAUUACAAAGGUUCAGAAUACGAACUGAAUUCAAGCCAAGGUACGAAUAAAAACACUGAAAGUGUAAAAACGUCUGAACAAGAUUACAACUUAGGUAACUCUGCUUACGAUUUAACAUUUAAUACACAGACAAAUGAUAAUCAUUUUAAAGGCACACCGACUACAUUAAAUGAUCACAAUCAAGGAAAUUUUCAAGGUUCAGAAUACAGCAUUUCAGAAGAUGCAGGAGUCACUAAUCUGGCCAUACCGAUUGGCGAUUCAGAAAUUCAGCACUUGAAUCACGGUUCUGCAAAGGCACAAGGACAUUAUAAAGGGACAGAUCUGCAAAAUCCACAAAGAGAGCAACUGAGUUAUAAAGGUCAGGAUUUUCCUGAACUUCAAGGCCAAAAUAAGGCUUUAGGUAUUGGUAUUACAGUGCACAAUUCAGGCAAAAAUAAUGCCGGAUUUGGCGUACCUCAGCAUCAAGGUACUUACGACGGACACCAGCAAAAUUCAAAUAUACAUCAGAAUUCAAAUUUCGAAAAUCAACAGAGUUACGAUCAUAAAAACCCCAAUAAUAUAUUAAUUCAAACUGAAGGGUCUUAUGGGCAACAACUACCUCAACCUCAAGGGCAUUUGAAAGGCACUGCUAUUGGGGAUGUUAAUGAACAAGGCUAUUCGCAGCAAAAUCAUGAAAAACAAAACAUCAAUAAUGGCAAAGCUUUGGGUAUAGGAAUAGCAGUUCACGCUUCUGGGAAUACAGGCGUACAUUCUGAAGACAUUCAAAAUCAUGGGAAUUAUAACAAUCAGCAGAAGAAUAACUUAAAUGGGCAUUAUAAGGGCUCAGAUUUCUCACAACAAAAUUUUGGGCAUAAUCAGCAAAAUACUUUUAAACCGCAAUAUGGAGGAUCUGGACAUGUACUAAUCCAACCUCAAGGAGAAUUUAAAGGUACUGGUCAUGGAAUUUCUCACGGCAGUGGACAACAGCAGCCAAUUUAUAAAAGUAUUGAACAUCAAGAUCAAAAUAAUGCUAAAGCUCUGGGAAUUGGUAUCGCAUUACACACAGCGGGAAAUGACAAUUUAAACUUUGGUGCACAUCAGAGUCGAGGUAACAAUCAAGAGGGAAAUUUAAACAGCCAUUACAAAGGCACUGAUUUUAUUCAACAACAAAGCUACGGCUUUAAAAAACUAAAUAAUCCAAUACCUCAAACUGAAGGAUCCGUUCAUGGGCAAGGGAUUUCCGCAUCUCAAGGAAGUUUGAAAAGUACUGGUGAAGCAAUUAUUUAUGAUCAACAGCAGUAUAAAAACAGCGGAUUAAAUACUGGUACACAUAAUCAACGACACGCCACAGCUGUUGGAUUUGGUAUAAAUAGUGGAAUUUCACCCAGCCAAGGAUUUUAUAAUGGUAAUAGUUUAAGUGACAGCAGAGGGAUAUCUUUUAAACAGAGGAAUUUCAGAAGCAAUCGGCAAACUCCUUUUGCUCACAGUAGUGGAGAUUCGUCAUUUAAUCAAGGUAAAGGAAGUUUCCAGAACCCACGUCAUGGUUUCACAAAAACUGGAACUGCUAGCGGAAAAAAUCCUGCAAAGUUGCUUGGUAACAAAAUGCCUUAUGGUAUGUCUUAUGCAGCUAAUAAAAAUUUACAACAGUCAGAGUUUCUUCAGUACGAAAGUUUGAAGCCAACACAUAGCAAAUACCAAAUCGAAGAACCAAUUGAUAUAAUUUUAGUGGAAGAGGAUGAUAAUAGCUACCAAAAUAGUGGUGGGUCAGGAGAAGAUUAUUAUCACAUUCAGCAAGAUAGUAACGGAAACAGCCAGAAUAGUGGGACCCAUCACGGUAGUGGAGAUUUCUAUAAUGUUGAGAAUUCAAAUAUUGAACAGCAACAUUCUAAUGUUAAAAUCUUGGUAGACGGAGGGAAGGAUAGAACAUAUCCAAUCAGACAGCUGGCGACUGUAGGCUUGCAUGUAGCACGGAAUGUUCUUCCUCACGUGAAGAAAUCUAGGGCAAAAUCCAUUACAGGAAACAUAAAUUUUGGUGUAGAAAUUAAAAAAGGUGGAAAUGCUCCACAAAAUUCUCAGUAUAACAUAGAAUCUCGUAAUGACGCUGUAAAUAAAACACUUGAAUAAAUAUUGUAUAAUAACAAGACAAGUAAUUUUACUUUCAUGUACUUAUACAUGAAGAAAUGUGUUUUAUUGGAAAUCACAGAGAAAGGCUUACUCAUUAGCCAAUAAAAUCUUUUGUAAAUAUUGUAUGUUUAUUACAUUUUGAUAUAAAAGUUUGGUCUGAUGCAUUUCAAAAAAGAAAACAA